CCAGGCGCUACCUUGUCAGGCCAGAGCUUCUGAAACGGAUUGCGACAAGUUUGAUUCUUUGUGAGGACGACAUGGAUCGUUUCUACCCCCCUCAUGGCUUACCCUCGGAUUCAAUUCCAUUUGGCCGUGGGCUUGGUGAUUUUACCAGACAAACAGAGACCCCUCCCACUUCCGUCUCGGAUGGCGUUCGUUUGGACCCUUCUCACCAUCGUGAUCCCUGUUCGGCAAUCGGGAACUGGGCGUGUUCCAACUCUGCAAGCCCUGGAGAGCCGAUGUUACUGUCUCCUCAGCACCAUUAUCCAUGGAAGAUGGCACUGCCCCCAUCACUUCCAGCUCCGACCUCUCUACCGGAACGAGCGUUGCCUCGUUUACUGCCAUCUCAUCGUCUUGAGACACCUGCCAGACCAUCCUCGUUAGCGGCAGCUGGUGGCUCCAGGACAAGGCAACUUAAGCCCGGACUACGGCGCCUCGAUGACAGCAAAGCACCAUCAGACUGGCUACCGAGCUUGCCACCACCGUCACCGGCAAUCUCGGCGUUAACCUACCCUUCGCUGAAGCUGGAAACGCCGGACUCUCCCGACAGUAUUGAUGAUAAACCUUAUUCUAAGCUUAUCGAAAUGGCCCUCAAGACCAAUCCGGAUAAGAAGCUUUCCCUUCAAGGGAUAUACAACUGGUUCGAACAAAACACGGCAAAGGGGAGAGAUCUCAGCUCGAAAGGCUGGCAAAACAGUGUACGGCACAACUUGUCCAUGAACGCAGGAUUUGAGGCAGUCCGGGAAGAACCGAUACCCGGAAAGAAAGCUGUGAAUUACUGGCGCCUAACUAAUGAAGCCAUCAAGAAUGGCGUCCAAUCCACCACUCGGUACCGGAAGCAGGCGAGUUACAGAAAGGCCUUGGGCUCGGACCCACCGGCGCCUCAACGCCAGCGAUCUGGGGCUAAGGGAGGGAAAGCUACUAAAAUCAAAUCAAAGUUUCGAGGGCGGAUGAGCGAGGAAGAGUUGCCCAAAGGCCGAUACCAUCCCCGGGUGACAUCACAACCGCGACCGACGAAGAAUGUGUUCACGCAUUACAAUACCACUGCGGGAACAUUGACCGGGAUCACAAUAAUGUCACCCUUCCAAGUCUCCGGACUGACCCCGUCGGGGACUCGCUUAUCCAGCGAGCCAUUCGAUUUGGGAAGCGUUGUUGGCUGCGCAGAUCCCGCUCCAUGUCCUCCCCUUUUUUGCGACAUGGCGGGACCAGGGCCCGACUGUGUAGCGUUGGACUCUGGCUUUCUCGGCUGGGGAGCGGCUGUCCACUCAUUUCCUACUGGCUUACUGGGUGGCCCCGGAAUCUCCACGGAUCUCCAGAUGGGAGUAUAG